AUGCUACCUAUCAAAUAUUCAGUCAUCCUCUUCACUUCGACUACCUUGGCCCUCCCUGGUGGUGACUUUGUCGCCAAUGCCCCUGCUGUCACUGCCGCUCCCGCUCUUGAACAAGCACUCGACUGCGAUUACAGCUAUUGCGACGAGAACCACGUUUCGUGGUGCUUCCACUUCGUACCCUUCACUACUAUCAAUCCGACACUAGGUCCCAUGCCGGGAGAGACAAGGGUCUCUGUCGGGGGUCUUCAUGUCGACUUCAUUCAGACACUACUGGGAGGAUACAUCCACGAGUGA